AUGGCCAAGUCUGUAGUCUUCCAGCUAAACGACCCCUCCCUCUUCCACGAGGCAUCACUGUUGAAUGGUGAAUGGGUCAAGGCCAAAUCGGGCAAGACAUUUGACGUGGAAGACCCCGGAUCAAAGAAAAUCUUCGCCUCCUGCCCCGCCAACGACACAUCAGACGUAGACCAAUACGUCGAAAACUCCCAAACCGCUUUUGAAAGCUACCGAAUCAUCAACCCGCGACAACGCGCCAAAAUUCUCCUAAAAUGGCACGAACUCAUCACCAACGCCCGCGAAGACAUCGCCACGAUCGUUGUCUACGAAACCGGCAAGCCUAUGACCGAAGCAAUGGGUGAAGUCGACUACGCCCUGGGCUUCGCCUGGUGGUUUGCCGGAGAAGCCGAGCGUGUCCGAGGCUCCGUUGCCCAGCCUUCUAUCUCGAACCGUCGCACAUUCGUCAUCAAGCAGCCUAUCGGUGUCAGUGUUGCGCUCGUUCCGUGGAACUUCCCUGUCGCUAUGAUUAUUCGGAAGGUGGCUGCUGCUCUUGCGGCGGGCUGCUCGAUAAUUGUGAAGCCUUCUCCUGAGACGCCGUUGAGUGUUAUGGCGUUGGCUGAUCUGGCUUUGAGGGCGGGUUUGCCAUCUGGUGUGCUUAAUGUUAUCUCGACAGAUAAUGAGAAUACCCCUGCUGUGAGUGAGCGGCUGUGUAAGCACCCCUUGGUUCGAAAGGUCACUUUCACUGGAAGUACCCGGGUUGGAAGUAUUGUUGCCAGACACUGCAGUGAGGGGUUGAAAAAGGUUACCAUGGAGCUGGGUGGAAAUUGCCCCUUCCUUAUUUUUGAUGAUGGUGAUCUCGAGCAGGCGGUUGCUGCUCUUAUGAUUCUCAAGUGGCGUACUGCUGGUCAGGCCUGUACCCAUGCCAACAGAGUCUAUGUCCAAAAUGGGGUGUACGACAAGUUCGCCCAGAUGAUCUUGGAGGCUACUCAGAAGCUCCGCGUUGGACAUGGUGUUGAUGCUGGAGCGACGAUGGGUCCUCUCACUACGAGCCGGGGAAUCGAGAAGCUUGAGAAGCAUGUCGCGGACGCCGUUAGCAAGGGUGGCAAGAUUAUGUGUGGUGGCAAGCAACCCGUUGAUCUGAGCGGGUACUUCUUCGAGCCCACAAUCAUUUCAAACAUGACCUCGGACAUGUUGACGACCAAGGAAGAGAUAUUUGGUCCGCUGCUUGGUCUUUACAGGUUCGACACCGAGGCGGAAGCUGUCAAGUUGGCGAAUGAUACCAACAUGGGAUUGGCGUCUUACUUCUUUACCAAGGAUGUCGAUCGGACCUGGAGACUCUUGGAGAAUCUCGAGGCUGGUAUGAUUGGCAUGAAUACAGGAAAUUCAUCCUGCGCAGAGUCUCCAUUCGGUGGGAUCAAGGAGUCUGGUUAUGGAAAGGAGGCUGGCAAGGAUGUGGCGAUUGAAGAGUACUUGAUCUCCAAGACUGGUACUCUGACUGUUGCAGAAGCCUGA